AUGUCAUCUGCCGUCCAGGCGGAUCGAGGACCGAAGCGUGUUGGCACAUUACACAAUACAUGGAAAACGUCGCGCCCUAGUGCAGGGAGCGCGCGCCAGGGAUUUGAGCUGCGAAAACUCUCGGAAAGACUGCAAGACUUACACAACAACUUGACUUUACAAGUGGGCAAGAUUCUAAGCGCUCAUGUUACCACAGCAAAACAUCAAAUACGCCAGAUACAGCUGGAUAGCCGCAGACUCCAGUGCCAAAAGUCCAACCGGCUCAAGAUUCUAUCCAGCGUGUUGCGCAGCCUUGAGACAAAGAUGCGCGCGUUACACCAGGGCUCAUCCGGCAAUAUUCUCUCUUCCGGUGACAUUGCAAUCAUUCAGACUCAGAUCCAGCAAAUGAGAGACGAACAGCAACACAUCAAACGAGACCACACCAUACUGAAGAGCCUCUCCUUCAGAAGCAACGUUGCGCGGUACGACACCAUUCCCGAGGCACAUCAGAGGACAUUUUCCUGGGUAUUUUCUGCGCUCGAGUCAGAAGAUACGUCUUCCUCUGGUCUAAGCCUACAAGCAUGGCUGGAGCGAGGCAGCGGGAUUUUCUGGAUCUCUGGUAAGCCAGGAGCCGGUAAAUCGACACUGAUGAAGUUUAUUGCAGACCACGAGAGCGCCCAAGAGGCUCUAUCGAAAUGGUCGGCUCCCAAGCGAGCUGUCAUUGUCACCCACUACUUUUGGUGUGCCGGCACCCAGAUGCAAAGAUCCCACAAUGGGCUCUUACAGACCCUGCUCUUUGAAAUCCUGCGGCAAUUGCCUGAUGCAAUAGAAUCAUUGUUGCCAGAGCGCUGGAGCUCGCCAAACGUGAAGGGCUGGGCAAUGGCCGACCUAUAUAACGCACUGUUUACAAUCGUCGGUCAGCCGGACCUGCCGGUCAAGUUUUGCUUCUUCAUCGACGGACUUGACGAGUUCGAUGGAGAUCACCUCGCGCUGUGCCACGAGCUCAUGGAUCUCGCCAAGUCUGAAAACGUCAAGCUGUGUCUCUCCAGCAGACCAUGGAGCGUGUUUGAGGAGGCCUUUGGCAGCGCAAAGAUGGGCAAUUUGCGCUUACAUGAUUUGACCAAGAGCGACAUUGUGAAUUUUGUCUUGGAUCGCUUCGCACAACAUCCAGAAACAACGACGAGCUUGGCGCCGAAUGACUUACAGAAUAUAGCAUUGGAGAUUAGCGGCCAAUCUCAAGGAGUCUUUCUCUGGGUAUCGCUGGCUACCAAGUGCCUUCUCGAGGCUCUGUCAGAAGGCUGUUCACUAAGUACGCUGCUUGAGAAUUUGCGUCGAUAUCCGUCUGAAUUGGACGACUUCUUUACCUACACCCUCGAAAGUAUCCCCUCAGAUGCUCAGCUUACAAUGGCGACGUCCUUUCUCAUUACAGAAGCGGCGGAAAAGCCGCUCGAUGUUGGCAUUUAUUACUUCCACGAGAUGGAGUUUGCGGAUCCUGAUUACGUCCUCAGCCUAUCUCCCGAGCCUCCGAGCAGAUUAGAGUACAGACGGCAGCUUUCACAUACAACACAGCAAUUUGAGACUCUUUGUCGUGGUCUGCUAGCUGUUGACCAGAAGACGAGAGUAGUCAACUGUCUCCAUCGCACUGUGAGGGACUACCUGGAUCAGCCCCAGACCAAGGCCAUGUUGAGCGAUAAGGCGCCUUCGGGCUUCUCCCCGAGCCUAUGCCUUCUCAGAGCAUCCGCCGCUUGGACCAAGUCCAGCAGAGCCACCAUGUCAGAUGAGCCGAAAGCAGAGUUUCUAUCGAGCAUCACCUCGCUGCUGGCCGCCGCGGCUCAACUCCAGCGUCCUGAGGACCUGGCGCUCUGCCGUCGGCUGCUGGACGAUCUCGACGGGUGCCUGGCAGCAAAAGGGCCGGCUGCGGAUGAGAGCUUACAGAUAUUCCGAUCACAGGUUAUUGGUCACAGAUUAUGGGAAUAUUUGUCAGAUGUUCAGACACGCCGGCCUGGAUACCUUGACAGGCUGGAGGUACCGCCUUUAGUGCUGGCUCUCUUCCCCGACUAUGAGAUUGGCGAGGUGCGCGAGCGACCAGCACGGUGGGACGAGGCCGUGACAAAGACGAUAAAAUGUCUGCUGGAGCAAGGCCAAGACCCGAACAAGCUCUUCUCCGCGGCGGAAACCCUUGGCACCCUGACGGAGAAGAGUCCUUGGAUUGUGCUCUGCGAGCACACUCUGCCGCAACACGACGACACGCACAUAGGCAAUAUUCGGAAGCUGCAGCCACGGCUCAAGUCGGCUUUGGAAACGGGCGUCCUCGAGGCAUUCCUGUCCCACGGCGCCGCCCCCAACGCCCGGUGCGAGCGCCCCGGAAAGCCCGUCAGCGUCGUGGCGACCGACUACCUGCUGCACGCGUUCCGUCUCAGCAGCAAAGGUGAGGACCAAGUCUUGCAGGAGCUCUACUUGGCGCACGUCCAGUGGUUUGCGCCCAAGGACGCCGAUCACCUAAACGCAGUGAUACACGAUUUCCUGCGUCUCAUGGAGAAGACGCACGAGGGCGGAUCGGCAUUCCUGCAGCGGGUUUCUGAGAAGCUGCUGGCGCUGGCCACUUGA